AUGGCGUCCGUCCCGGGAUACUCUGCACCAGGCAGAACCACGCCAUUUGAUGGUACCACGUCCGCCAACUCAGAUGAAAACACCAUCUCCCAAGAGACCAUCUCACCUCAGAAUGAAUCGAUGGAGGACACCGAAACCGUUUUCUUGAAUAAGAGCGUAUCAACCCCGAGCCACGGAUCGGACAUUUCCAACAAAUCACUCAGUCAAUCAUCGAAACCGUCCCAUGCCUCGGAUGAAGAUGAGCCGCGCAAGUGCUGGAUUUGCUACACGGAUGAAACGGAGGACUCGCCACUGAACCUGGAAUGGCGGUCGCCUUGCCCUUGUGCCCUAACCGCCCAUGAGGCAUGUCUGCUCGACUGGCUUGCCGACAUGGAAAAUCCCCGCUCGCGCAAAAGCGGCGGUGGCGUAACAAUGAGUUGCCCUCAGUGCAAGACGGAAAUCGUCGUCACUCGCCCGCGGAGUUAUGUGGUUGAUGUGAUGCGACUAGCCGAGCGCCUGGCAGGCCGAUUAGUCCUUCCCGGCAUGAUGUUCACAGUUGCCGGCACUGUGUGGGCUGGAUGCUGCGCACAUGGGGUUUAUUCAAUGUACCUCAUUUUCGGGACUGACGAAGCGAGGCAGAUCAUGGAGGAGACCAUGGAGGGCGCAUGGAAUCCCGGGAUGAAUAUUGGCCUACCGCUUAUCCCACUCGUAUUAAUAUUCUCACGCACUCGGUAUGCCGACGGCCUUCUUCCGGCUAUUCCAGUUCUUUUCUUCGCUGCACAUAACCCGGGGCAGGAACCCGACUUCGACUUGUGGCCACCCACACCGGCUAUGACUUUCGCCGCGCUGCCAUACAUCAAAAGCUUUUACGGCGCGCUUUACGAACGACUAUUCGGUGGUCUGGAACGGAAAUGGAUUGCUGAGGUACAACCCCGCGCGGCGGAAGAGAUCUUGGAUGAUGCGCAGCAGCAAGAUCAGGCGGAGGGUCUCAACCGGUUCGGUGAUAAUGCGAAUGGGCAAAUUCUGAUGGAGAUAGAUCUUGAGCUGCAAAUGGGAAUGGGUGAUGACGAACCGGACCUUGAAGCCCUUCCUAUCGGGCAAGACGAAGCUGCCAAUGGCGGCCCCAACGGAGCACAAAACGCUGCACAAAACAAUAACCCACUAGGACUUGGCCGCCGACAGAACGAGAUUAUUGCCGAUACCAGUAAUCUUGCUGAUGUCAUACUUGGAGCACUCGCCUUCCCAGCAAUCUCAGCGUCAAUGGGUGGCCUGUUGAAGUAUCUUCUGCCCAAGUCAUGGACAUCCCCAGCCAUGGACCGUGGCCGCUUGGGACUGCUUCAGACUCGCUGGGGCCGCAGUGUUGUUGGCGGGUGCAUGUUUGUUCUGUUGAAGGAUGCACUGGUUCUUUAUUGCCGGUGGAAGCUAGCCCAAACACACCGUCGCCGCAAGGUUUUGAACUACGAUCGAGCUAAGAAACACCAUGGCACAAAGCGGUCCACUGGAUAG